AUGGUCACAAUCUGUGGAUUCCCCCAACCUCAAGCUGAGGAUGGAGGCCAGUUCCCUGUGGCUGGUGCUCAGCAGGAAGACUCAGAGGGACAAAGUCAGGGUGGGCAGGCCCAUGUCUUUCCUUUUCAGGAAGCACCAGACCAGGGGAGCGGCAUGGGCCUGGCUCAGAACUGCAGCUCCAGGCUGGGAGCCAGCACCAGGCGGCCCGGUCCUUGUCCAGAGACCUCACCACCUUCUCUUUGGGACCAGAAACCUCAGGGAAGGGGGUGCUGGGACACAGGCAUUCAGGAAGCCGGAGAAAAAGGCACCGACCAUGUCCCCCUGCAGUCAGUCCCUGGCCCCUGGCAGCACUGCUGCCUGUGA